AUGCAGCAGGCUCGGCUGCCCAUCGUACGCCUUCGCCCUGGUCGACUCAUCGCACGUCGCCGUUUUCCCGAGCCCGCACCUGCGCGACGGUUCCACCUGUCGCGGCAAUGGCUGUCAUCGCCUUCGCCUGAUGGCCCAACGCCGCCUACUAGUACGGACGCCAGAGACGUGAUAGACAAUCGUCAUUCCGACAUCGAUAACCCCACACAUGAUACCGCGGCUACUUCUGUCUCGGAGAAAACGAAGCCUCCUGCACGGCAAUAUGGAUCCGCCGUUCGCAGAGCUAUGAGAAACAGACAAACGGAACAGCAGCAACAGCAAAAGUUCUCGCUCGCGGCCAGCAUUCCUACUUGGUUCCAAGCCAACAUAACCCAUGGUUCCCUAGGUCAGGCCGAUCUCCUGCAAUCUCAGUACCAACUGGAUAUCACGAAAUCGAAACCUGGACCCAGUCCCGAUAACAGUGAUGCGGUGGGGGAUCAGGCUUCUGGGGGUAAUGGAGGAGAUCCUUCGGCCGGUGCGACUCCAUCAGAAUCGAGCUCAGAUAAUCGCUACUCCCUCGCAGAACCCUUGUGGGAAGAAUUGCGAGCGUCAGUCAAAGCAGGCUUACGAUUGCCGCCUACGCAAUACGCAAAGGAACCAUCGGCCAAGAAGUCACAUCUUGUUCUUCAAUACCCCGGCAACGAUGGCAUUCUGUUCCUAGAUUCCGUCGUCAAGCGAUUGGCGCAUGAGUUGAAUACCGACCUGAUCACAUUAAAUGCGCAAGAUAUUGCUCAGCUGUUCAGUGAGCAUGACCUUGCGGAGUCGGGUGCGACGUCAGCCAUUCGCUCCCUCGGAUACGAAGUCUAUCGCCCUGCUAUAAUGGCAGCCUUCGCUGAGCCUGCGGAUGGCGGAGACGCUGACGAAGACAUCCCCGAGAUCGCUGGUACGCAUCCCGGGAUUCACGCCGAAGUCAGCACUCCCCGUUUUAUCACCAUCGAGGCCAGUAGGGAGUCCGGCGAUGUCCCACUUCCUAAUUGGCUUGGCUUGAAAUCACUCGUGGCGUCCAUCAAUGGCCAGUCGGACCAGGAGCCAAACACCUCACGAGGCUACGGACAACGCAUGGAGCAGCGGUGGAUAGGCCUUUUGAACGAGCUCCUUUACUCGGCGAGUGGGGCAUCCAAGUCAUCAGUCCCCAAGAAAACUGAGGCUGAGAGUGAAGAGGCCCAACAACCCCUCGAGCCCAUUACUGAAAAGCCCCUGUCACGGGAUACCAUCAUUCACAUACAAGAUUAUCGUGAGAUCCAAAGCUCCAGGGAAGGUUCCCGGGUGAUCACUCUUCUCCAAAAGGUCAUCCAAGAACGCAGGCGAGCAGGAUCGAGAGUCCUACUCAUUGGGAGCACCUCCCAAGAACUUCAGCACACAAACUCCCGAGAUGGCCCAAAGAUCUUGCAGAAUGUCUUUGACGAUCAGUUCUCAAAAACAUUGGUAAUCAUUCCAUCCAUGGAUACGAAAACAGUAGAGAAAACCUUCUCUGAAGACCAUCAAAAGCGAACAAUGGAAAUUAACACCCGCCACCUCCAAACAAUGCUACGUUACAGAUUGAGCGAGACCUCCUCCGCCGUGAAGGAUGAUAUUUUUGGCACUCGCGAUUGGCCACUUGACCCAUCCACCGUCAAGCAAUCUGGUAUGCGAGAGCGUUUCUGGUCCUACAACCAGGUGCACUGGCUGUCAACUCUCGCGCUUGGAAGCGCAGAGCCGGACGAGCCCUUCGGCUUCGAGCACAUCCGACGUGGAAUCGAACUCAUGGAUGGAGGCGAUCGAGUCACUAGCGAUUGGCUACAGGAGAAGGGCCCCAAGGCUUCAGAACCCAGUGGCCAAACCCGGGAACAGCUCCUGAAAUCUUUGCGUCAGACUUGUACCACUCAUGAGAAGAAACUUCUCAACGGAGUUGUCGAUGCAAACAGCAUCAGAACUACUUUCAACGAUGUGCACGUCCUUCCCGAAACUGUGGAGGCUCUCAAGACUCUGACUUCGUUAUCUCUCAUUCGCCCCGAAGCUUUCACUUACGGUGUUUUGGCAACAGACAAAAUCCCAGGCUGUCUCCUCUACGGCCCACCGGGAACCGGAAAGACUCUCCUUGCCAAGGCUGUCGCACGUGAAAGCGGCGCGACUGUCCUCGAAGUGAGUGGCUCUGAAGUCUACGACAUGUAUGUCGGUGAAGGCGAGAAAAACGUCAAGGCCAUCUUCACCCUGGCCAAAAAACUCAGCCCCUGCGUGGUCUUCAUCGACGAAGCAGACGCCAUUUUCUGCUCACGCACAGGAGCCAGCAGCCGCACUUCCCACCGCGAACUGAUUAACCAGUUCCUGCGCGAAUGGGACGGCAUGAACGACAUGUCAGCAUUCAUAAUGGUCGCCACAAACCGACCAUUCGACCUGAGACGACGCAGUCCUCCGCCACUUCUCGUGGACCUUCCGACAGAAGAAGACCGACACGCCAUUCUGAAAAUCCACCUCAAAGAAGAACAACUCGAUUCCGCGGUUGACUUGGCAGACAUCGCCCAUCGCACCCCGCUCUACUCCGGCUCUGAUCUAAAGAACCUCUCCGUCGCCGCGGCAUUGGCAUGCGUGCGGGAAGAGAAUAAGGCCGCGGUCGAACACAAGGGUGAUGAAGCCUAUCAAUAUCCGGAACGCCGCACGCUCACGCCCGCUCACUUUGAACUUGGAAUGCAAGAGAUUAGUGCAUCUAUUAGCGAGGACAUGUCCUCGUUAUCUGCUAUUCGCAAGUUCGACGAGCAAUACGGUGAUCGUAAAGCUCAGCGCAAGAAGAAUACCGGGUGGGGAUUCAUCCCGGCAGGUAGCGAGGAGAGUCGGGAAGAGACUGCGCGUGUCCGUGCGGCGUGA